GGCCCCGCCCGGCCCCGAGCAGAGGGCGCAGCCCCCAGCCGGGCAGGCACCAAGCGGCAGUUGGGCGGUAAGGAGUCGCGCCGCUCCCUCCUACGCAGUGGACUCCUUCGAGGCGGAAAACUUGCCAUGUCGGCUGCGGAGGCGGGAGGUGUUUUCCGCAGAGCUCGGGGCAGGACCCUGGACGCGUUUUCCUCAGAAAAGGAAAGGGAAUGGAAAGGCCCGUUCUACUUCAUCCAAGGUGCAGACCCACAGUUCGGACUGAUGAAGGCCUGGUCCACUGGGGACUGUGACAGCGGUGGCGACGAGUGGAAGCAGGAGAUCCGUCUGACUGAGCAGGCCGUCCAGGCUAUCAGCAAGCUGAGCCCCAAGCCCAAGUUCUUUGUUCUGUGCGGGGACCUCGUCCAUGCCAUGCCCGGGACGUCCUGGCGGAAGGAGCAGACGGAGGACCUGCAGCGGGUGCUCAGGACCGUGGACCCCGAGAUCCCACUGGUCCUUGUCAGCGGCAACCAUGACGUGGGCAAUGUCCCCACCCCCGAGACCAUCGCGGAGUUCCAGCGGACUUGGGGAGAUGACUAUUUCAGCUUCUGGGUUGGGGGCGUCCUGUUCCUCGUCCUCAACUCCCAGUUCUUUUACGAUGCCUCCAUGUGCCCUACCUUGAAGCAGGCCCAGGACCAGUGGCUGGACCAGCAGCUGAGCAUCGCAGGGCAGCGGAAGUGCCAGCACGCCAUCGUCUUCCAGCACAUCCCGCUGUUCCUGCAGAGCAUCGACGAGGACGACAACUACUUCAACCUCACCAAGUUGGUGCGGAAGGAGAUGGCAGACAAGUUCUCCCGAGCAGGUAUCAAAGCUGUGUUCUCAGGCCACUACCACAGAAAUGCCGGGGGCACCUACCAGGACCUCGACAUGGUGGUGUCAUCUGCCAUCGGAUGCCAGCUGGGCAAAGACACCCACGGGCUCCGAGUCGUGGUGGUCACCGCUGAGAAGCUCGUCCAUCGGUACUACAGUUUAGAUGAGCUGAGUGAGAAGGGAAUGGAAGACGAUCUGAUGGAUUUGUUGAAGGAAAAAUGAUUGCCGAUUAUGAUUUAUUCACUUUUCACUUCUACUGUUUUUUCAUUUGGGAAGAAACAGCAGCUGCACACAACCCCAUAUUGAAAUAAAGAAGUGUACCAGGCAGGUUUGUGGAUUUAUGUCCUUUCGCUUCAAUCAGAGAGCUAGGUCCUGUCGUAAAUGAUGCUUAAAAUAGAACUGCCCUCCCUAUGCAAAAGAGAGGGGAGGAGCCUGGGAAUGAAAGAAUAAAUGAUAUUAUUAGAAUCUC